CUCCGGAAGUGGCUUGAAGCCGGUUCAGCGUGUCUGCGGACCCUGCUAGGGGACCCUUCAGGCGGCGGGAUGUUCUGGUCCGGCCUUCUCCGUGGCCUCAGCACGUCCCUAAAUUAUGGCCUAGCCCUGGCCACCCGGCCCAUGGCCACCCUGAACCAGAUGCACCGCCGAGGGCUUCCCAAGAGGCCGCCUCCACCUCUAGGCCCCACAGCCGGCCGGCCGCAGCUGAAGGGAGUGGUGUUGCGCACGUUCAUCCGAAAGCCCAAGAAACCCAACUCAGCCAACCGCAAGUGCUGCCGCGUGCGGCUCAGCAGCGGCCGAGAGGCCGUGUGCUUCAUCCCCGGGGAGGGCCACAGCCUGCAGGAGCACCACGUCGUGCUGGUACAGGGUGGCCGCACCCAGGACCUGCCCGGCGUGAAGCUGACUGUUGUGCGUGGCAAGUACGACUGUGGCCAUGUGCAGAAGAAGAAGUGACUGGCAGGGCCGCGGCAGGCUGGGGUUCCCCCGGAACCAGAACCUUCCUCUCUGGGUGCCUGCGGUAUCCUUGGGAAGCUCUUCCAGCUCUGGAAGUACCUGGUCCUGGGUGCAAAUCCUGCCUUUGCCUCUUCCAUCCAGAACACCGCUUGCCCGCAGGGCUUCUGGGUGGAGUUAGUAAAAGCCCCCCUCUGUCCACACCCUUGCCUUCUGUGUGUAGAGCGUGGGCUCGGAGGACCUCUUCUGCUGGGACAGGGCCCUGUAUUCCCAUCUGCUGGGAAGGGGUGGCAAUAAACACACAGACCGCCUCCCA